AUGGAGGGGGCGCGCGCGGGGCGGACGGCGGGGCUGGCGCGCGCCGUGCUGGAGCGGGCGCGGCGACGGCGGCGGCGGCCCGUGGGACGGGUCCCGGCCUCGGCCUCGGCCUCGGCCUCGGCCCCGGAAGAAGAAUCAGAACGUCUCAGUGCAGCGUUCGCUUCAAUUGUGAACUUGAUGAAUCAAGCCUCAAAGGAAUGCGAGAAGUACUAUUGCUUUACGGCAGCCUGUAGAUUCAAAGAGCAUGAAAUCAAACACAUCUGCAGAUACCAUGGCAGGCAAGCAGGGGAAAGAGAGCUGGAGUCCUCCGAAGAAGAGAGGACUGAAGCCUCUGUAGCACCCAGUCAAGCUCAAACUUGCCAGCAACAUACCAGACAAGCUUCCAAAGACAUCUACAUUGAAGUUUCUCCUGGCACCUAUUCUGUCACAGCAACCUCAGAGGAUAUGGUGCAACAAACCCACGUGGUGGAUGUCAACGCAGGACAAAGUGUUGAUUUAACUUUUGUUCUAUGAUGUUUGUUGUUUCUCGGCAAUCACAGGAAUAAAAUAUGAGGCUGUUUUAACACA